AAGACCGAAUUGCUUGAUAUCCUCAGAGCAUGCAGACUUACACCUAUAUCUGAAAGCAUAUAAUGACAACACGACAGUGGUCUUCUAUUAGUCAAGACAACAAAUAUAUAUAAUCAAAGCCACUAAACAGAGAGGAUGCAUGGUAAACGCCCUACUGUCUGUCACAACAAACAUUUUACCCUGUGAUGAACCACGUGAUGCACAGUUGCUUUUCCUUUCCACCUCAGUGUUUUUGACCCAAAUGAUUCUAGAUAGCAGCAGACACAGGAUUGCACUCUGCCUGGUCUCCUCUCUUCUGCUCAUAGUCUGUCUCUCUUUCCUCCUUAAGAUCUUCUUCCUUUUCACUGCCACCCCCCCUUCCUCUCUCUCUCCCCCCCCCCCCCCCCCCCCUCCUAUGCUCUGUCUGCUGAUGUUUUCUUCUCUUUCUUGUCUGCCUGUAGUGAAUUGUAUGUUAUGAUGUCAGGUGGCUAUAGACAGAACUAUUGACCCAGAGCAGGGUUGAACCUAAAGUGCUUGGAAGAAAGAAGAGAGCGUUCUGGAGAGAGAUGGAGAAUGAGAGAGGACAUGUAUGUACAGAUCCUUCUAGCAGUCACAUCCUUCUGGACAAAGACUAUGGAUGUCUCCAACGCUAUUUAGAAGGAUCCUGGUGGAUCCAGAGGAAGCCUUGGCUUCAGACCGUAGGAUGUUGGACACGUGGAAAGGCAGCUGUCUUCUAACAGAGUGAGACAGAAACAUUUCCUGUCACAUAAAAGUUACUCUGCUGGACUGACCCGGAGUGUUUGUGUUCUUUCUGGGAAGCGGUUGCCAUAGAGACAGUCAGGGCGUGCUGUGGGGGCGAGUCAGAGGAAUGAGUCAUGACCUCGGUGGUGGUCGUCGAUGGAGGAGGGGCUGUUCUGGAAUACAUCUCUGAUGCGGAGGUGGUGUCCCAGGAGGUGGCGCUGGAUGCAGAGGGGGGCGUGUGUGAGAUAAAGAGGGAGGAGGAGGAAGAAGAAGAGAUGACUGAGGAAGAGUGCCCAGCUGUAGUGGUGGAACAGGUGCCCUGCGCCGAGUUGGAGCAGUGCUAUGCCGCACAGGUGGUCGUCUAUGAUGACGAAACCUACCUGAUGCAGGGCGUGGCUGAAGAGCAGGAGGUGGAGACUGAAGUCCUGGAAGUGUCCUCAGUGGAGGCAUCAGCUCAUGGAGGAGGAGGUGGAUACGUGACACUGGAUAAGACCAUUGAAGCCGCAGAGGCCUUGCUACACAUGGACUCACCGUCCAGCAUGAGGGAGGACCGUAGUCCUGUGCCAGACAUGUUGGGUGAGAUGGAGGUGGAGGUGGAGGUGAGCACUGAGAACACGGAGCCCAUUGAGCCCCUGGAGGAGCAGCUCACGCUGGAGGGAGACAUCCAGAGGGGCAAGAAAGGCAGGAAGCGGAAAGCCGCACACACACCACAGGCUGAACGCGAGGAGUCUCCUGACCUGACCUUUAAGAAGAAGCCCCGUGUGGGCAAAAACAGCACCUAUUUGUGGGAGUUUCUGCUGGACCUUCUGCAGGACAGGAACACCUGCCCUAAAUACAUCAAGUGGACCCAGCGGGAGAAGGGCAUCUUUAAGCUGGUCGACUCCAAAGCUGUGUCCAAACUCUGGGGCAAAUACAAGAACAAGCCUGAUAUGAACUAUGAGACCAUGGGCCGAGCCCUCAGAUAUUAUUACCAGCGCGGCAUUCUGUCAAAAGUGGAGGGACAGCGCUUGGUGUAUCAGUUUAACGACAUGCCCAAGAACAUCGUCUUCAUCGACGACGACAAGAGCGACGUGCCGGCCACCCCCCAGACGCCGUGUGAGCGCGUGACCCCCACCACACCGACGUCUCCCAGCAUCCUCCGGGGUGGCCGCUUGUCCGCUCAGGUCAAAGUGCAGUCUCCCACCGCGGCCCCUGCGCCCGCCAAACCCACUCAGAUGCUCCGCAUCGUCAACGUGUCGUCGGGUUCUGAGGCCUUCGUCACCUUGCAGGGCGCCUGCCCUGUCACCACAGCAACGGCCCCGAGGACUGUGCAGGUCCCCUUGAUGAUGACUACAUCACUGGGCCAGAAGUUCUCCACGGUAACGGCCCUGAACCAGCACGGCUCACCGCUGCUCACGACCACCGCCCCGACCAUGGUCACGUCCAGUGGCGGUGGGCAGAAGGUGUACCAGAUCCAGGCGCUGCCCACCAUGGUGCCGGCCACGGGCGAGAACGGCCAGAAGAUCACGGUGCAGCUGGCCAAGCUCAUCACCAUCCCCGCCUCCCAACUUGCCCAGUAUCAGCCUCAGCAGCAGCAGCCCAAGGUCACGACGACGGGCGCCAGCGGCCAGGGCAUCAGCCUGAUGGGAUCGCCGCUCACCCUCCGCACCAUCACGCCCGUCUCCAUGCCAACCACGACCGUGUCCUCUCCCGCCGCCACGCAGGUGCUGAGACUCAUCACCCAGCAGCCUGCCACUCCUACCCCUGCUCUUGCCCCUGCUCUUGCCCCUACCCCUGCCCCUGCUCUUGCCCCUGCCCCUGCUCUUGCCCCUACCCCUGCCCCUGCUCCUGCUCUUGCCCCUGCCCCUGCCCCUGCCCCAGCCCCUGCCGCUGUCCCUUCCCCAGCCCCUGUACCUGCCAACACCGUUGUUGUGGCGCCGCAGGAGAGUGCCGUACCAGUGGUGGCAACGUCAGAGAAUGACGUCACCAUCAUCAAGGUGGAGGCAGAGGAAGACAUCGCCACACAGGUGGUCACAGACGUAACGACUUCCUCUGAUAGCUGAGACCGUGUCUGUCUCUCUCUCACACACACACACACACACACACGCACGCACACGCACACAUAGAACACAUUCGCUUUCAAAAACACAUUUCAGUUGUGUGUUGAAUUUGCGAUGGGGGGGGGUCUUCCCUCAAAGCAAUGUAAGAGGAAUUCUUGCUGUGGCCUGACUGGUAUAAGAAAUGUAUUAGUUUUCUUCAUGGCCAGUCUCGUAUACAAACUCAAACUCAUACACUUCUUUCAGUCAUAGCGACUCUAAAGAUCAGAUAAGGAAGCCCCCCGCAAAAGGAUAUGUGAUAUAGGAAUUAACAAAAUUGUCAUGGACAAUAAUAAUAAUAAAAAAAAAUGCAUAGGAGUUGAGGGGAAAACCUGUUUGUGGGUAAGAUGAGCAGAUCAGUGAUUCCACACAUUCACACUAACACCGGCAACACUACAGCACACUCACUCAUACAGAGCAGCGAUGGCAGAGAUGGUUGAAUCAGGCUUUAACUUACCAUUGGCAGUGAAAUCGAAAUAUAUAAAUUCAUGGUUAAAAGUAUUAUUGAGACAAUAAUACCACCAACACAUCCUGACUUGCACUAAAAUGGAAAUAUAACUCGGCCAAGCUCUGGAGGAGUGUCGUUUUUGUUUUUUUCUUCAAUUAAAGUACUCAAAGCGUCUGAAGACUCACCUCGUCAGUCACUGUGCGAACGCGAGAACCAAUCAUCUGGUGCUACUACCCGGAGACGGGCGUUGGGGUGGGGGUACCCCACCAACACCCCUCUGCUCUGCUUGGACUUGGGGCAUAAAGGGACUUUGUACAUACUGUCAAUACAGAGUAGGAGAAUCCUUCAAGGAAAACAGGCAGCCUUAGAUAAGGAUGAAAUGAAU